CUCUGUGGGCUGAUGCAAUACUGGAAGAUACUGAGAGAAGCAUCAGUGACGGAAAACCAGAUAAAGAAAGCUGCUCACGUCGCCCAGAAAAACACGUUGUUUGCUUAAUCUCCGAAUCUUAUUCUAGUCAAAAGCACAAGCUUUUAUAUUUAGAUGUCCAGUAUCUUCCAACCUGUAUGACUUGCUUCUGAGGAACAAAGAAGGAGAUGUUAAACAAUAAGAAAGUAAGUCAUACAGGUUUGGAAGGACAUGACAGUAACUGAGUAUGCCAGUCAUCAGAGCCAUUAGUAACGUAGCAAAGCAGGCCCUGUUGGCUCCUGCGUGUGGAUGUCAGCCUCUGACGGUGACCAUACGCAACAUCAGCUUCUCCCCGCGUCAGGUCACCUCUGGAUCUGAUGCCAGCUUUCAUUCUGUGUCCUUCUCUGAAACGGACCACCCCAAAGUUCUCAUCACAGGUGGCCUCGGGCAACUAGGGGUUGGGCUUGCUAAACUGUUAAGGAAUCGAUUUGGAAAAAACAAUGUGAUCCUCUCAGAUAUCAGGAAACCACCAAGCAACGUCUUUCACAGUGGCCCCUUUAUCUACUCUGACAUUCUGGACUACAAGAACUUGCGGGAGAUUGUAGUAAAUAACAGGAUCACCUGGUUAGUGCAUUACAGUGCUCUUCUAAGUGCUGUUGGGGAAGCUAAUGUGGCACUGGCACGAGCAGUCAACAUCACCGGACUACACAACAUCCUAGACAUUGCAGCAGAACAUGGGCUUCGGCUCUUUGUGCCCAGUACAAUUGGUGCCUUUGGACCAACUUCACCUCGAAACCCCACUCCUGACCUCUGUGUGCAGAGACCACGUACUAUAUAUGGCGUCUCUAAAGUCCAUGCAGAGCUCAUGGGGGAGUACUACCACCAUCGAUAUGGCCUUGACUUCCGCUGUCUUCGGUACCCUGGCAUCAUCUCUGCAGACUCGCAGCCUGGCGGUGGCACGACAGACUACGCCGUGCAGAUAUUCCACGACGCCGUCAAGACCGGCAAGUUUGAGUGCAACUUAAAGCCAGACACACGGCUGCCCAUGAUGUACAUUGAUGACUGUUUGCGGGCCACGCUGGAGGUGAUGGAGACGCCGGUGGAAUCGCUCAGUAUGCGCACCUACAACAUAAAUGCCAUGAGCUUCGCUCCAGAGGAACUUGCAAAUGAGGUCCAGAAACAGCUGCCUGAUCUUCAGGUCACAUAUGAGAUUGACUCUGUACGACAGGCUAUAGCUGACAGUUGGCCCAUGAACUUUGAUGACAGCAACGCCCGCAAUGACUGGGGCUGGAAGCACGACUAUGAUCUGCCAGAGUUGGUCCAGACGAUGCUCAACUUCAUCGGUUCAGACUCCCGCAUCGCCCAGGCCAACUGAGUCUGCUCAUGAACACUGAAAAUAUGUAUAUUUCAUAAAGAUUUAUAGUGAUGCAGAAGAGAGAUCCGUGGUCUGUAAAUAGUCGUAUUCCUUUUCUCUUUUGUGUCCUCAGUAUAUUCCUUUUUGACUUGCUCAGACUGUCUGUAUAAUUGUAGAUUAUACAAAGAGGUCGGGUCUCUUUUCAAGUCAGGGUGGAAAACCGUCAGAGAUACACAGGUAUUUUGAAAGCUAAAUGAAGAGGAAUGAGUUUAAACCUGACGUGAUACUCUUGUGCUUUGCAUUUAGUGAAAAAGGAUCACUAUGUCUCCAGGAAAAAUAAACCAAACAAACAUGAAAGUUCAGUACUGAAUGUGGUGGAUCCUAAAAUGUAGCUUCCUCAAAUUCUACUCUCUUUCUGAAUUUCUAUAUUUUUCCUUUUAUUUAAGAGAAAUAAUUUUACUGUACCUUUGUAGAAGAACGUAAUAUAUGAGGGAAAAGGCUGAUGGCCGAGUUCAGACUAAUAGGAAUAAAAGUUAGGAAUUGUUACAGCAACAGCAGCUUCAACCCAUUCUAAAAUAAACAGACAAGAGUCUGGUUUAAACAGGGUGGGACUCAGAUGUAGGUCCUCAGGGAAGUGAGGGUCGUUAUGAUAAAUGACGUUAUCAUAUCCCUCUUGGUUGCUUUUCCUCUCUUGUGCACUAUUUAUAUAGACGGCUUACAAAUUAAAUGCAAGAUUUGAUCUUGCUUCACAUUUUUGCUGUAAACUUUAGUAAGGUCACUUUUUGUUAAAUGCAAUUUCUGUCAUUGCAUUUGCCCAUGAAUGUUUUCCCACAGGGAAUAUAUUAUCCCAUAUGUAGGGGAGAGUGGGAAACAGAUUUAAAUUAUUUUUAGUUAAGCUUUGCAUGCACAUCUU